UUGGAUUGCAUUAACAGAGACAUAGCAUGCAAGUCACAGGAGGUGAUCAUACCGCUCUGCUCAGCACUGGUUAGGCUUUAGCUGGAGUACUGGGUCCAGUUUUGGUCACCAAUGUAUAGAAAGGAUGUAGAGAAACUGGAAAGGAUCCAAAGAUCUGCAAGUGUUCGAACAUGUUGACGGAAAUGCGGAGAUUUCAGUUCCCCCCUUGGCCCAUGAAGGAAGGAAGCAACCAGAGGAAUUCAUAGAUCCACAGACCUGAGGGCCAGAAGGUGCCAUCCCAGCCAUUUAGCUCAUUCUCACCUCCCCACACACACACACUCCCUAGAAUUUCUCCUAGGAGCUGCACUGAAUCAUGUCUUUGAAAGAUCUAGUCUGGCCCUACGGACUCCAAGCAAUGCAUCUGGGAUGGGUGCAUCCACCUGCUUCAGUCUGAAGGCAGAACAAAAAUAGUUAUUGAAUAUUUCUGCCUAUUUACAACUUGACUGUCUACGUCUAGCAAAGGACUUGUACCAGCACAAGGAUGCUGCCGUUCAUGGACUGGGUGCUGGAGCUGCUGAGCAUGGAGCGGACCCCCGUCCAUGCUUACACCAUCUCUGCCCUGCUCCUUGCCCUGCUGGCCCUGCUCUUCCGCACCCUCCUGCAGCUCGGGAACUCCUGGCACCGCUACUAUGUGAACUGCCAGCGGCUGCGCUGCUUUCCAGAGCCCCCGCGUCGCAACUGGCUGCUGGGACACUUGGGAAUGUUCAUACCUGGUGAGGAGGGGCUGAGCCUGGUGUCCCAAACAGUGGCUACAUUCUCCCAGGCCUUUGUGACAUGGAUGGGGCCCUUCCUACCAGUCCUGUCCCUGGUGCACCCUGAUUACCUCAAGCCGAUCACAACAGCCUCAGCUGCCAUCGCUCCCAAGGACUACAUGUUCUAUGGCUUCCUGAAGCCCUGGCUGGGGGACGGUUUGCUGCUGAGCAAUGGUGCAAAAUGGGUGCGACACCGGCGCAUGCUGACGCCAGCCUUCCACUUCGACAUCCUGAAGCCCUAUGUGAAGAUCUUCAGCCAGAGCACUGACAUCAUGCAUACCAAGUGGCGCAGGCUGGUGGCAUCAGGCUCCACCUCCCUGGACAUGUUUGAACAGGUCAGCCUAAUGACACUGGACAGUCUGCAGAAAUGCGUCUUCAGCUACAACAGCAACUGCCAGGAGACGCCCAGUGACUACAUCGCGGCCAUCCUGGAGCUCAGCUCCCUGGUGGUGCGACGCCAGCACCGCCUGCUCCUGCACUGGGACUUCCUGUACCACCUGACAUCCGACGGGCGGCACUUCCGGCGCGCCUGUGACACUGUGCACCGCUUCACAGCCGACGUGGUGCAGCGGCGCCACCAGGCCCUGGACCGCCUGGGCAGGGAGGCCUGGCUCAAAUCCAAGCAGGGCAAGACAGUGGACUUCAUAGACAUCCUGCUCCUGGCCAAGGAUGAGGACGGCCAGGACCUGUCAGAGGAGGACAUCGCAGCCGAGGCCGACACCUUCAUGUUUGAGGGCCACGACACCACAGCCAGUGGCCUCUCCUGGGUGCUGUAUAACCUGGCCUGUCACCCCGAGUACCAGAAGCGCUGCCGCGAGGAGAUCAAGGACUUAAUGCAGGACAAGGAGUCAGAGGAGAUUGAAUGGGAGGACCUGUCCCAGAUGCCCUUCUCCACCAUGUGCAUCAAAGAGAGUCUGCUCCUGCACCCACCUGUCACGGCCGUGUCCCGGCGCUGCACUGAGGACAUCAAACUGCCCGACGGACAUGUCCUACCCAAAGGGAACAUCUGUCUGAUCAGUAUCUACGGGACACAUCACAAUCCUGCUGUCUGGCCAGAGCCCCAGGUCUAUAACCCGCAUCGCUUCGACCCAGAGAACUCCAAGAACCAGCCCCCACUGGCCUUCAUGCCCUUCUCUGCUGGACCCAGGAACUGCAUCGGGCAGAACUUUGCCAUGGCAGAGAUGAAGGUGGUGCUGGCGCUGACACUGCUGCGCUUCGCCGUGUGUCUGGAUGAGAGCAGGCCUGUGCGGCGCAAACCCGAGUUGAUCCUGCGCAGUGAGAACGGGCUGUGGCUGCACCUGGAGCCACUGGGACCCUGCUGUGAGAGACGCCCCCCCGCACCGCGCUCCUAGGGCCAUCCAAUCCCCCCUGCUGUGGGAGAUCUAGCCUGCCCCACUCAGCUCAGGGUCCUGCUGAGUGGUGGACCAGGUGGGGAUCAUGGUGGGGCCAGAGGUUAGCAAACACCUGGGAGUCAGCUCUCUCCUCUAAUCUAGACCAGCCCUCUCUACCAAAGCAGGCACUGUGGCGUCUAGGCGUGGGGCCCCGAAGGUGCUGCAGGCUCCUUUCAGACACCAGCUGCUUAGCCCUGUCCCACCUGCCCCUGGGAGCGAGGGUGACAAGUGCCUUUCCCCAGCCCUGCUGGAUGUCCACUGCCACCUAGUGACUCAAUGUCAGAGCUAGAAAUGUAGCCCAGCAUCCUGGCUCCCGGCUCGGACCACUCACAGCCUAGGUGACCCCUGUGACCUGCAUUCCCUGCCCCCACUGGCCAGAGGCAAGGUGCCCAGCAGUUUAGCCGCUAGCCUAGGAUGUGGGAGACCCGUGUUCACUUCCCUGCUCUGCCACACAGGGAGCCUGUGGCAUUAGGCAAGUCAGUCUGCCUCUGGCCCUCAACUUCUAUCAGUGCAAUGGGGCUAAUGGCCCUGCCCAUGGGGGCUGAGGGUAAAUGCAGUCAGGGGGUGAAGUGCCACAUAAUUAUGUUGGGCAUCUAAGACCACGUGGUCAAUAACCCUGAAUGCUAUGGGCUCGUUAGUGGAUCAGCCCCUGUGUUCCCACCAGCCCCCCCAUGUCCUGAUGCUGCUGCCUGGAGUUGAGGGUCUGGUCUGUCUCUCACUCCCCUUCCCUGGAGGGUAGGAAUCUUCCCUUCCACCCGCUCCCCCUCUGUCCUGCUCCCCCUACUUCUGUACUCAGCAAUCCACCCAUCUGGUCUGGGGCAGGAACAGCUGAGAGGCCUGCAGACAGGUGGCUCAGUGCUCUGGCCCAUCUUCCUGAGAGGCCCCCAGGAUCCUGGCUGAGAACUUCUGCCUUGGGCUGCUUUGGAUGGCUUUGAGGUGGGACAGCAAUCCAGGGGGCAGAUGCCUAGUAAUCGCAACCUGCUGGCUGCAGUCACCCAGAGGAGUUGGGGCAGGGAACCUGUAAGUGUGUGUGUGUGUCUUUUUUUUUUUCUCUCUCUCUCUCUCUCUGUAGUGCCCCAGGGGGCUGGCUGCAGACCCAGCAGGGACCCACUCUCUGCUGCAG